AUGAGCAAUGUGUCAUCCAUAGAGGCCAUUGAGUUUCUGAAUGCUUUUUAUACUGAGAAUUGUGAUUACGUCCAAGUGGUCUACGCAGAAGCCCAGUUUAUCAAGCUGGAUGCUAGAUGUCCACCAUGCCGCAGUUUGACCCGGGUUCUGGUGGAAUCCUAUCGAAUCGUUAAAGAAAUGGGUCACAAGUUUGAGAUUGUGUUCGUCAGCGCCGACAGGUCGGAGGAGUCCUUUAAGCAGUACUUCAGCGAGAUGCCGUGGUUGGCCGUUCCGUAUUCGGACGAGGCUCGGAGGUCACGACUCAACAGACUUUAUGGAAUACAAGGUAUUCCCACGCUGAUCCUGUUGGACUCGGAGGGUCACAUGGUCACGCGGCAGGGCCGGGUGGAGGUGCUGAACGACCCAGAGUGCCGUCUCUUCCCCUGGCACCCGCGGCCCGUGCUCGAGCUGAACGAGUCCAACGCCGCGCAGCUCCACGAGGGGCCCUGCCUUGUCCUGUUUGUGGAUGCUGAGGAGGAAGGUGAACUGGAGCCAGCCAAGGAGUUGAUUCAGCCAAUCGCAGAGAAGCUCAUGGCCAAGUCCAAAGCCAAGGAGGAGGAGACACCACUGCUGUUCUUCGUAGCCGGAGAGGUGACAUGA